AUGAACGCAUUCGGCGAUAAUUUCGAGCAGUCCGAAGUGGACCCGGCGGCAGAGUUUUUGGCCCGCGAACAGAACGCCCUCGCUGGACUGGAGGAUGAAAUUCCGCCCGUGGCUGGUGCGGCAACGACGGACACAAAUGGUUCCGUCAAUGGUGACCCCGUGCCGAAAUCAGAAUCGACAGGACUCGAAAAUGAGCUAAAUGGAAGCUUUGAAAUGAUCAGUAAUGCUGAUGCGCAAGAUCCGUCCACUACUGCCGAUAAUUAUCACAACACAGAAGAUGAUAAUGAUGAUUUUGCAGGCUUCACAGUGCCGAAGCAGGUGACAGAGGAACCGGAAAAAAUACGCAAAUGGCGCGAAGAUCAGAAGGCCCGGCUGGAAGAGAAAGAUCGCGAGGAAGAGCGUAAGAAGGAUGAAUUGCGCGAACAAGCCCGCAAGGAGCUGGAAGAUUGGUACAAACAUCACGAGGAAACGAUUUCUAAGACGAAAGCCUCCAAUAGGGAAUCGGCCAAAAAUGCCGAAAAACAGUUCGUGGCCGAGACGGAUGAAAUAGAACCGGGUACCGAAUGGGAACGGAUUGCCAAACUGUGUGACUUUAACCCGAAGACGAACAAAUCAAGCAAAGACAUCUCUCGUAUGCGUUCCAUCAUUUUGCAGCUCAAGCAAAACCCGAUUCAGGCUACCAAGAAGGUUUAA